AAAAUAUGCCCUUGCUUUCAGAACCGCCACAUCGAGCGCUGUAACAGAAAGCUCCAGCCGCCAACUCGUUUCUUUCUUCCCCGAUUCGAUUCCUUUUCUCCGAUCAAGCAUGGGUCACAAUAAGCCGAGGCGUUUCAAAACCAACUAUUCAGAUCAUCGAGUGGAGUCCCGCAGAACCAACAUCCAGCCCGAUAGGGAAGAUGAGUCUCUUCCCCACGAUCAAGCUCCUGAAGAAGAAGCAGCGGCUCCCACAGUCCAACUUGCAAUGUGGGAUUUUGGUCAAUGUGACGCUAAAAGGUGCACAGGGCGCAAGCUUGCAAGAUUUGGCUUUUUGAAAGAGAGUAUCUACUUCACUCCUUUUUACCAUUUUGAUUUCGUUCUUUUGUUUGGAUAGUGUAUCUGCUAUAUGUUGAACUGUAUUAUAGUCUAAUGAGCUCGAUGAAAGUGUGCAUCUUGCAAGUGGAUUCCAAAUGCUGUUAACACUUGCUUUUGGACAACCUAAUGCAGGAGCUACGUGUGAACAGUGGUUUCGGCGGCGUUGCUCUGAGUCCUGUUGGGACUCAGUGUGUAUCUAAGGAAGACCUUGAGUUAAUUAAGAGGAAAGGACUGGCUGUUGUGGAUUGCUCUUGGGCACGUUUGAGUGAUGUACCCUUCGUGAAACUGCGAUGCCCUGCUCCUCGCUUGUUGCCAUGGCUAGUUGCAGCAAAUCCAGUAAAUUAUGGACGACCUUGUCAACUAUCUUGUGUAGAAGCACUAGCUGCAGCUUUAAUAAUAUGUGGGGAAAUGGAAUCAGGACACUUGUUGCUGGGCAAGUUCAAAUGGGGUCAUGCUUUUCUUUCUCUCAACAGUGAACUUCUGAAGGCUUACUCUGGUUGCUCAACUGGUGCUGAAAUGAUUUCAGUUCAAAAUGAGUGGCUUUCCGAACAGACUCGGGUUCCCAAAGCUGUCCCAGAAGUUGAAGGAGCAGCAGGAUCAAGCAAAGGACACCGGGAAGACGACGACGACGACGAGGAAGAUGAUGAUGAUGAGGAUGAUGGGCUCCCACCACUUGAGAAGAACAUGAAUCACUUGAGCUUCAAUGGAAGUGAUGGAGAAAGUGAUGAAGACUUGUAGACGAAUCAAGUGCUUUGUGUUGGACAGUGGAAGUGUAACUUGAGUGAAAAGAAACUUCCUUUCUUCACUUAUAUAUCUUUUAUAUAUAUGCUUGGUUCCUAUCUUUUAAGUUACUCGUCAGUACUACUUGACAGUGAGGACCCUCCAAGGAGUUAACUUGUCUGUAUUAAGGAAGUUUUACUCUUUCAAUGAAUUCGGAUUGAAACUGUAGAGCCUAAACUUUUCACAUAAUCGCAUGUAUUAGCUACGGUUUAGAUGCUAUUUUACAUUGAUCACCC